AUGGAUCCCAGGCGCCUGGCCCAAGCAAUUUGCCAGGAACGCGAAGCAGCGACGUCAAAAUGUGCAGAUUUCAGUGACAAAGACAUUGUGUUGCUGAUCGGAUGCUGCGGAAGCGGCAAGACGACGUUAACAUCCUACGCAUUGGGCACAUCUUUUCGCUACAGUCGGCGAACUGGAAAGUUGGAAGCCGAAAACCCCAUGGAGGGUUUUGUCAUGAGUGCGCAACGCGCAGAUGUCACUCGUGGGCUUUCUUGUGCUGAGGUGCCCACCACUGGCGGGAUGAUGAUUGUGGACAAUGCUGGCACAGGUGCCACCGAAGGGACGAUUGCGGAGGUCUGUGGGGCAAUAAAUCGCAGUCUUGCUUUGCAGUCUGCCCGUUCUGCGCGCGUGGUCUUGGUGCUCAAAGAAGCUCGUGGUGAUGUGGGGAAUGAGCGUGGCCGGGUGCUUUUGAAGGAUGUGGAGCACGUGGCUUCAAUGUUCGGUUGCCUCCAGAGUCUCUCGUCAGUGGGCCUGAUCGUGACUAGCGAACCACGCGGGUUGCAGGUUGCAGGGGUGGCAAGCGAGCUUGCGCAGUCGAUGCGGGACAACUUCAGUGACUUGUUGCAGACUGCUCUUGCGGAAGAUGAGUAUAUUGAUCUCGGUGCUGCAGCACCUUCCCAUCAGAAGACAACUGCAUCUGGAAAGCGCUUGCUGCAGCACUUCUUUUCGAGUUGCGAAAAGGCGUGCAGGAUUGCGGACGCUGUCGUGGAAGGAGAUGACGAUGCGUUCUUGAAGCAAGUCUGCUCUGAGAGGGUUGCUGUCUUCCCGGUGAAUGUACUCCAAGAUCAGCAGCGGCAGUCUAUUCAAUCGUGGCUUUACAAUCUACCGCCCAUCCAAAAUCCAGGUGAAUCUCUAGAGUACGUCCUGCUGAGCGAUGCCAAGAAGGAUUUGGAGCAGACGUUGAGCAAGUUCUUCCUUGAGUGCAAGCAUUCCAUCGGAGAUCUGGGGCUAAGUUGGGCAUUCGACGAGGCGCUUGUUUCCAAGAUUAAGGACUUGCUGAACCUUACCAAGACAUUGGAGGAGACCAAGCUGAUGCCUUCUGCAGAGAGCUACAGAACGGACCUGAUUGUCCAACUUGUGCGCGAGAACGAGCGGAUGGCUGCUUUGGUACUGGAAGGUGUCAGAUCUGGUCUUUGUGAAAAGAUUGAAGGCUGUUGGCCGGCGAUGCUGAAGAUGGACGCUUUUCGAGAAGCUUGCGGCCGACUCCUCUUUGCUGGAUGGAUGAAUUCUUCGGCAAUGAUGAGACAGGGCAUCAAGGUAGCAAAAGAGAGUCUUGAAAAACAUCUCCCGGGAGGUUGCGUAGGUGCUCGGUGGAACCUGAACUUGGCCUUGCAGGUGAAAGGUGUCCUACGUGCCUAG